GGCGACCGCUAAAACCGGUUCCGGUGAGAUGGUUGGGGUCAAGAAUGGCGUUUCCGCUGGUGAUAGUACACCGGCAGUUACCGGUGAGUCCAUUUUGAGGAAGAAUCCACCUAGCAAACCGUUCGGAGUGCCAAAUCGCUUCAGCAACGUACCAACGAACGGUCAACCAACGUCGCGUACCACCACCGCACCCUCCUUCAUCGAUGUCCGCAAAACGCUCCUUCCCAGCGUUACCCAACAGCCUGCCGGUAACAACAACAUCAGCAACAACAACAACAAUAAUGGUGGCCUACUAGCGGCGGAUUGCCAAUCUCCCGUGAAUAACAACAUCAACAACAACAUAAGCAACACCAGCAACCGCCAUACGAUCGCCGCAAUGAACCAACUCAACACGACGGCUGGUGGCAAUGGUGGAGUUCUACUCGGGAACAACAAUGUUGGGCCGACGAUCGAGGCGGCCGCGGCGGCCAACGGGGAGCUCAACGAGUUCAAGGGUAUCCUGCAGCGACGUGCCGAGUGGGAGAAGCGUGCGAAGGAAGGAUUCAAAUAGAGUGUCAGGCCACACUCACACCAGUAUCACCAGCUCCCAACAGCGAGACCCCCCCACCGAGGAGCGAGCUCAGUAGCCAGGGGUUUUGGGUUCCCCUUUUCUUAACCUUACUUUUUGUAGAUUUCGGUGUAUUAGGACCAACUGUAGUGAAUACGGAAGCAUACGACGUAGUAACCACAGUUUCCACUUCUUGCAGUGCAACAAAAGAGAGGGAGAGUGGGGAGAGAUCGCUCAAGCGCCCCCCGCAAUCAAUUGAUGUUAAUGGUGGUGAUAAACCUCUCCGUUACGUAGGUUUAAGGUGGGAUAGUAGUGGGCGCUCUGGGGAUGUCGGGAUGUCGCCCAGAACAAUGCACUUCCGAUUUCAGAUUGCAAACCGCAUUGCUUCUACAUUCGGCGUUGUUUCUUCAAACAUCUUGCAUCAUCUCUUCCUAGGAAGGUUAGCGUGAUCAAACAUCUUCAGUAGGGCAGCCCGGAUAGAUAGUAGAGGCCGCUGCGGCACCACCUUUACCACCCAACAAACCAACCAAUGGCGCGACCGUUGAAAUCCAAAUGUGAUAGCCAAGUGUAUAUGUUAAUAAACGGAGAAUCAAAAAAACACGAAACAAAAUCACCUGGUCCGCAAGAAAGGCACAUAUUUAAACCAGCUGUAGCAUAUAGUUAUAUAUACAUACAGAUACAUAUGAUAUAUAUACACAUACACCCCGAACUCGUUGCGUGUUAAGGAAUUGAUAACCUUUUUUUUUUGGUCGGUUUAAACAUGUUACACAGACCUGCGGGUGACGCCCGGUAUUUUGAGUAAAAUAGUAGGCCACUGGUAUAGAUGGCUGGAUAUAAUGAGCGAAUGGCAAUAGAGGAAUGAAGCGUGAGAGAAAGAGAGAUUGUAUUUUGCGUAGCCUAGCAACAUUAAACUUGAUCCCAAUCUAAAUUCUAAGAUUGAUACUCAAACAGACACACAUGAUAUAUAGAGAGCUAAGGCAAUAGCUGCUUUUCCUGUUGAGAGUAUAGAGCACAGUACUUUCCUUCGGCAAAAGAAAGCUGGAAAGUAUUUAUUUUGAAGGUGUUGUGUCUCGUUUUGUGUGUAUAUAAAUCAUUGAUCUUCCCCCCAUAGUUUCAAGUCACUUGAGGGAGGUGGUUUGAUGAAGGAUAGCCGGCAAUCGCUCUGCUCCCCCUCCAUCUAUGCGCUAGUACACCAAGCGAUCUGUUAGAAGGUUAGAUUGUUAUAAACAACCGAGGCCGUUCUUCUUCGCACAGGGAAUGCUCGAGAGAUAGCAGCAAUUCGUGUUGCUUUUACCACAACAUGCUUUCCAUAUGCAUCGUUAAAGCUUGCUGCGAUCGCUUUUACCAAUCCCCCGGUACCGUUGCACCGUUGCGCAUUCAGAAGUUCGACUUACUGAGAAAGAUUUACUGAGAUAAGAGCUCAAGGUAUGGCGUACGUGCGUUAUUGUAACAUUGUAGCCCGUAAGAUCGCAAUUGCUUCCCCAGAAUGUUUGACACCUGAACGAUAUUUUAUAAGAAGCCAAGAUAAACGGUGGGCCAAGGGCUUCGCCUCUAGGCUGUCCUUUUGUUAAAUGUUUUUUUUUUAAUGAUAAGAACCUUAACUACGAUGUGAUGGCGCUGAUCACACGAUGGCACGUGUACGUGGCACCGAACGAAGUAGGAAGCCGUAGCCGAAAGAAUUCGUCGUCCGCGAUGGUGACCGUUGGCGGCGAAAGCAUCUGAAUCAAAAUCACUCUUUUUGCGAUAUCGAUGUAUAAUGUAGCACUCUGAAGAGAAAUAAACAAUGCAUCUUCCUGUAA